AUGAGCAUGUUCAUUCGCGCCUUCCUGCUUGUUAUAGCAAUUUUGUACGUUCACGCUGACAAUGCUGGCAAUGACGGAAUCACAUGCGCAUUCUGUAAAGCCGGACUAGCCUCUAUGACACAGCAGAUCCAGUCUAAUAACGACGUUAUGGCUCAAAUGGGAGAAUCUAUUUCACAAGGAUGUGAUCAGGUUCCAAAUGAGUUGCAAAGACGAGCCUGCAGAUUGACGCUUGAUGACAACUUCCCUCUCUUCCUUCAGAAUUUCUUGCAACAGCCAGGCACAAGCGCAGACGAUUUUUGUAAGGACAUGGGUUACUGCUAAACUUAUUCGAAAACGAAAAUCCUUGACAUAUAAACUUAGCAAAU